UCCUGGACGCGAGCCGGCGGGGCUGGACGCUCACGCCCUCUAGCGGACCGCGGUGGCACCUGGCGGCCGUGACGUGGGCUCUCCCUUCAGCCGGCCUGUGGGGCACCGCCAGUCAGUCCGGGAGCAAGAGCCCCGCGCGGAGCCGGCGCGGGCUCGGCCACUGGCGCGCCGCCUCCCGGGGGCUGGGCUCCGGGCUGCCGGGGACAGGCUGCGGGCAGGACGCACGGCUCGGGUCCCGAGCAGGGGAAGGAGAGAGGCGGCGGGCGCAGCCGCCGGAACAGAGGGAGGAUUUUGGCUCCGCCGACGCGCCCUCUGUUCCCUCGCAGCAGCGCCAGACGCCGACUGGGUCAGCGGGCCGGGGAAGAGGACCCACGACCCUCUCCCCUCGCCUCGGGAGCCUUUGGAGUUCGGACUUCUGCAACUGUUCGCACUUUGGAGUAGUGGUUCUGUUUUUGGCUGUUUCCCCUUCUCUUCUAGCUGCCUUGAACCCAAAGCUCCCGUCCGCCCUCCGCCCUCGCGCGCCCACCCACCGCCUCCGGGGAGCGGCCCGGCACGCACUCUGCAGCAUGAGGAGGCUUGGGACUUGCCUGGUGACUUUGGUCGGACUUUUGCUAACUGCAGCAGGGGAGGCGUUUUCAGGAGGUUGCCUCUUUGAUGAGCCAUAUAGCACAUGUGGAUAUAAUCAAGCUGAAGAUGAUGAUUUCAACUGGGAGCAGGUGAACACCUUGACCAAACCAACUUUUGAUCCAUGGAUGCCAUCAGGUUCUUUCAUGUUGGUGAACACAUCUGGGAGAUCUGAGGGGCAAAGAGCCCAACUCCUCUUACCUCAACUUAAAGAAAAUGAUACUCACUGCAUUGAUUUUCACUAUUUUGUAUCCAGCAAGAGUAAUUCUGCUCCUGGGUUACUCAAUGUCUACGUGAAGGUCAAUAAUGGACCUUUGGGGAAUCCUAUCUGGAAUAUAUCUGGAGACCCAACACGUACAUGGAACAGGGCAGAACUGGCCAUUAGUACUUUUUGGCCCAACUUCUAUCAGGUGAUUUUUGAAGUAAUAACUUCUGGACAUCAAGGCUACCUUGCUAUUGAUGAAGUGAAGGUGUUAGGACAUCCAUGUACCAGAACCCCCCACUUCCUGCGAAUUCAGAACGUGGAAGUGAAUGCCGGCCAGUUUGCCACCUUCCAGUGCAGCGCCAUCGGCAGGACCAUGGCAGGGGACAGGCUGUGGCUGCAGGGUAUUGAUGUACGAGAUGCUCCUCUGAAGGAAAUAAAGGUGACUAGUCCCCGGCGAUUCAUAGCUUCAUUUAAUGUCGUGAACACAACAAAACGAGAUGCUGGGAAGUACCGCUGCAUGAUUCGCACAGAAGGAGGUGUUGGAAUAUCAAACUAUGCAGAGUUGGUAGUUAAAGAACCACCUGUACCAAUCGCCCCACCUCAGCUGGCCUCAGUGGGGGCGACCUAUCUGUGGAUACAACUCAAUGCCAACUCCAUCAAUGGGGAUGGACCCAUUGUUGCCCGAGAGGUGGAAUACUGCACAGCAAGUGGGAGCUGGAAUGACCGGCAGCCAGUGGAUUCCACGAGUUACAAGAUCGGGCACCUCGACCCAGAUACUGAGUAUGAGAUCAGUGUGCUCCUCACCAGGCCAGGGGAGGGUGGCACUGGAUCUCCUGGGCCAGCACUCAGAACAAGAACAAAGUGUGCCGAUCCCAUGCGGGGACCAAGAAAACUGGAAGUAGUAGAAGUCAAAUCUCGACAAAUCACUAUCCGCUGGGAGCCAUUUGGCUAUAAUGUGACUCGUUGCCAUAGUUACAAUCUCACAGUCCACUACUGUUACCAAGUUGGAGGACAGGAACAGGUGCGAGAAGAAGUAAGCUGGGACACAGAUAAUUCACACCCUCAACAUACGAUCACUAACCUCUCACCAUAUACCAACAUUAGUGUGAAACUCAUCCUCAUGAAUCCUGAGGGGAGGAAGGAAAGUCAAGAACUCAUCGUACAGACGGAUGAAGAUCUGCCAGGUGCUGUUCCUACUGAAUCCAUUCAAGGAAGCACCUUUGAAGAGAAGAUAUUUCUUCAGUGGCGGGAACCAAUUCAAACAUACGGUGUCAUCACUUUAUAUGAGAUCACCUACAAAGCAGUCAGUUCUUUUGACCCAGAAAUAGACUUAUCUAAUCAAAGUGGAAGAGUUUCAAAACUGGGAAAUGAAACCCACUUUUUGUUUUUUGGACUGUACCCGGGGACAACAUACUCCUUUACCAUCCGAGCUAGCACAGCAAAGGGGUUUGGACCGCCAGCAACAAAUCAGUUCACCACCAAAAUAUCAGCACCCUCUAUGCCAACUUACGAACUUGAGACCCCUUUGAAUCAAACUGACAAUACAGUGACAGUCAUGCUGAAGCCUGCACACAGCCGAGGCGCACCUGUCAGUGUCUACCAAAUAGUUGUUGAGGAAGAAAGUCCUCGAAGAACAAAAAAGACAACAGAAAUCUUGAAGUGCUACCCAGUGCCAAUACAUUUCCAGAAUGCUUCCAUCCUGAACUCACAGUACUACUUUGCUGCCGAAUUCCCAGCAAACAGCCUGCAAGCUGCUCAGCCUUUUACUAUCGGUGAUAACAAGACAUACAGUGGAUACUGGAACUCUCCCCUUCUCCCUCAUAAAAGCUACAGAAUUUACUUUCAAGCUGCUAGUAGAGCCAAUGGGGAAACCAAAAUAGACUGUGUUCGAGUGGCCACAAAAGCUGCGAUAAUCGUGACUCAGCUUACAACACCUUACAUUCGCAUCGCCCCUGCCGCAGGCGACGACCAACUGACAGGAGCUGCUACUCCAAAACCUGUCCCAGAACCUGAGAAACAAACAGACCAUACAGUUAAAAUUGCUGGAGUCCUUGCUGGCAUCUUGCUGUUCGUUAUCAUAUUUCUUGGAGUUGUGUUGGUAAUGAAGAAAAGGAAACUAGCCAAGAAGCGGAAGGAGACAAUGAGCAGCACCCGGCAGGAGAUGACUGUGAUGGUGAACUCCAUGGACAAGAGCUAUGCCGAGCAAGGCACAAACUGCGACGAGGCGUUCUCAUUCAUGGACACGCACAAUCUGAAUGGCAGAUCCGUGUCUUCGCCAUCGUCCUUUACAAUGAAAACAAAUACACUGAGUACGUCAGUGCCUAAUUCCUAUUACCCAGACCCAUUUGUGCCAACUGCAAUUUUAGUGCCAAUAAAUGACGAAACCCACACAAUGGCCAGCGACACCAGCAGCCUGGUGCAGUCCCACACGUACAAGAAGCGUGAGCCAGCUGACGUGCCCUACCAGACCGGGCAGCUUCACCCCGCCAUCCGAGUAGCAGACCUGCUUCAACACAUCACACAGAUGAAAUGUGCUGAGGGCUACGGCUUCAAGGAGGAGUAUGAGAGCUUCUUUGAAGGGCAGUCUGCACCAUGGGACUCUGCUAAGAAAGAUGAGAACAGAAUGAAGAACAGAUAUGGGAAUAUCAUUGCGUAUGACCAUUCCCGUGUGAGGCUGCAGACCAUAGAAGGAGACACCAACUCAGACUACAUCAAUGGAAAUUAUAUCGAUGGCUAUCAUCGACCCAAUCAUUAUAUUGCUACCCAAGGACCAAUGCAAGAGACCAUCUAUGACUUCUGGAGGAUGGUGUGGCAUGAAAACACCGCAAGCAUAGUAAUGGUGACCAACCUUGUGGAAGUGGGGAGGGUCAAAUGCUGCAAAUACUGGCCAGAUGACACAGAGAUAUAUAAAGACAUUAAAGUUACCCUAAUAGAAACAGAACUACUGGCAGAAUAUGUGAUAAGAACAUUUGCUGUUGAAAAGAGGGGCGUUCAUGAAAUCCGAGAGAUCAGACAGUUUCACUUCACUGGCUGGCCGGAUCAUGGGGUCCCUUACCAUGCCACAGGACUGCUGGGAUUCGUCCGGCAGGUCAAAUCCAAGAGCCCGCCCAAUGCAGGCCCAUUGGUGGUACACUGCAGUGCUGGUGCUGGGAGGACUGGCUGCUUCAUCGUUAUUGACAUCAUGUUGGACAUGGCAGAACGGGAAGGGGUGGUGGACAUCUACAACUGUGUCAGGGAGCUGCGGUCACGGAGAGUGAACAUGGUGCAGACAGAGGAACAAUAUGUGUUUAUCCAUGACGCCAUCCUAGAAGCCUGUCUUUGUGGAGACACCUCCAUCCCUGCCUCCCAAGUUAGGUCUCUGUAUUAUGACAUGAACAAACUGGAUCCACAGACAAAUUCAAGCCAGAUUAAAGAGGAAUUUCGGACCCUGAACAUGGUAACGCCGACACUGCGUGUGGAAGACUGUAGCAUUGCACUCCUGCCCCGGAACCAUGAGAAAAACCGCUGCAUGGACAUCCUGCCCCCAGACCGCUGCCUGCCUUUCCUCAUCACCAUCGACGGGGAGAGCAGCAACUACAUCAAUGCUGCCCUCAUGGACAGCUAUAAACAGCCUUCAGCUUUUAUAGUCACACAGCAUCCUUUGCCCAACACAGUGAAAGACUUCUGGAGACUGGUCCUGGAUUACCACUGCACGUCUGUAGUUAUGCUAAAUGACGUAGAUCCAGCCCAGUUGUGUCCACAGUAUUGGCCAGAGAAUGGAGUUCACAGACAUGGCCCCAUCCAAGUAGAAUUUGUUUCUGCUGAUUUGGAAGAAGACAUCAUCAGCCGGAUAUUCCGUAUUUAUAAUGCAUCCAGACCCCAGGACGGAUACCGGAUGGUGCAGCAGUUCCAGUUCCUGGGCUGGCCAAUGUACAGGGACACACCAGUGUCCAAGCGCUCCUUCUUGAAGCUCAUUCGCCAGGUGGACAAGUGGCAGGAGGAGUACAACGGUGGGGAAGGCCGCACGGUCGUGCACUGCUUGAACGGGGGCGGGCGCAGCGGGACCUUCUGCGCCCUCAGCAUCGUGUGCGAGAUGCUGCGACACCAGCGGACGGUGGACGUCUUCCACGCGGUGAAGACGCUGCGGAACAACAAGCCCAACAUGGUGGACCUGCUGGAUCAGUACAAGUUCUGCUAUGAGGUGGCCCUGGAAUACUUGAGUUCUGGCUGACGACACCACUCUCCGCAAACAAGCCCUUUCAUCCCACAAAGCCAAGAUGUUCCCUGGGUUUGUGUAGAUGAGAUCAAGACUUCUCAAUAUGCUUAUUUUGCUUUGCAUAAUUGGCUCUUUUUUAAGAGCCCAGGAAAGUAUGUAUAAAACUGCUUGCACUGCCCAGUUCCCAGCAAUGCUGCUCCCCGACAGAAACGCCAUGGCACACAGCGGUCCAGCACUGUGCUCUGGCAUCAGCUGGUCAGAGCAGCGGAGACACCUGGGUGACUCAAGAGCACAAUUAUAUUCUUAUGAAGGAAUUUGUACCUUUGGGGUAUUAUUUUGUGGCCCGUGAACCUUUGUUAUUGUUACAACUGAGUGUACAUUUUUGUUCUGUGGAGAAUGCUACCUGGCAUUAUGAUAAUAUAUUAUUUUAGUUAAUAUUUGUAUUUUAACAUGUUGCAUAAUAUAAGUUUAUGUAGCUUUCCAAGACUAACAGAUAAACAUAUAACGAACAAAGAUAUGUUGCAGGAGUCGUCGUUUCUAUCAGAUUUGUAUUGUUGUUUCCAAGGGGGAAGCUUGGGAGGAGUUCAGUUCAAAAAUGCAAAUCUCAAUGAUGAGAUCCAUGAAUCGAAAGCUGUUCCUUCUGUUUAUAUUGUAAAUAUUUUUGAUUUCAUCAAAUUAUUUAUUCAUUAAAAGAAAUUUUUGUGAAGCACAGUGAGUGACAAUCAUUUUUAUUAAGCCCAGGAAAUGGUUUACUGUGUAAUGUUAACUUGUAUGAAUUCUCAACUCAAUAAAUAAAGACCGGUGACCAGUC